AUGCCCGAUGCGAUAGAGGAUUAUAAGCCUCUUUUCCUAGAGUGGUUGAAGGAUUUAGAAGCCGAAGCCGAAAAGAAAGGAAAGAGAAUCGCCUUGGGGUACCGUCGAGCAUUAAUGCAGAUGAAACGGUAUGAAGGACGUCUUUCAAGCAGAACUGCGUUACGACAAGUCCAAUUUAUAGGGAAGAAGACUGCCGACAUUUUAAUUGAAAAAUUAAAGCACCAUUGUGAAGAAAAAAGUCUUGAGUUCCCCUCUUCCUUUGCAGAUACUUGUUCACUGAAAGGUGAAGACGAUACAGAAGGAAUCGCUACCGAACCCAAAUCAAUAUCUGAUUCAUCAGGAAAUAAAAGAAAAAGUACGGCUUUAGAGCUUGAAGUUCCCACCACUAGAAAAAGAAGGACAACAAAGAGAGCUUAUAUUCCCAAGCACAGAUCAGGAGGGUAUGCCAUAUUAAUAGUGAUGGUGAUUGCAAGAGCAGACAUACGAGGUAUGGUACGAACAGAAAUAUGUGAACAAGCUUCGGAAUAUUGUGAUAAUGCAUUCUCAUCUAAUCCUGCUUCUGGUGUUUUCUACUCUGCAUGGCAAAGCAUCAACACUUUAUUAAAUAAUGAUUUGGUGUACAAACACGGUCGUUCACCAGCUCGAUAUUAUUUGACUGAGGAGGGAAAGGAUUUAGGUUUGAAACUUGCAAAGAGUUCAAAUAUAAUUGUUGAAGUACAGAAUGAAGAUCCAGAUAUUUCUUUUGAUAAUAAUAUUCGACUUAGUUCUGAAUGUCAACUUUCAAACGACCCCCCUGUGUAUACUCUUCCAUUCAACCGAGUUCAACCACAAGUAGAACGUCCACUGAUAUCUCGAUAUGAUGUCAAUUCAAACGAGGCGAAUCAUGAUAGGAAUAAUUGCACACUAAAUGGAGUAAGAUAUGAAGUAUGGGAAGCCAAUGAAUAUGAAAUUUUUCUUGUAGUGGAUAAUAGGGAAGUUAGAAGUCAAUUGGAUAGGAAUUUCUUUCCCACUCGUCUAAAGGAGUUGGGUGUACCUGUUUUAGUGGAAACUCUUUCUAUUGGGGAUGCACUUUGGAUUGCACAACAUAAAGAAACAAAAAAAAAGGUUGUACUUGAUUGUAUAGCUGAACGGAAAAGAAUUGAUGAUCUUGUAUCAUCAAUUAAGGAUGGGAGGUUUAUUGAACAGAAAACCAGAUUAAAGAGAACAGCACUUGAAAACAUUUACUACAUUGUGGAAGAAGCUCCUGUGGAUGUACAAGAAAUGACAGACUCAAUUCAAACAGCUAUGUCUGGUACAAUAACCGAUUCCAAGUUUCAUUUAGCCAGGACUAAAAGUGCUGAUGAGACAGUACAAUUCUUUGUUAGUAUGACAGAAGUAAUUAAAAAGAAGUAUAAUGGGAAUGGGAUUAGAAUUGUUGCCAUAAAACCUAUAAACUGUGAUAUACAAGAUGAUUUUGCGUCGCUUAAGAUUCUCUUUAAGCACGAAUUUUCCAAUAGAAGACAUCAAUAUGAAUGUUGCCAUUUAUUUUAUAAUUUCCAGGCAACACUUGGUAAAUCCGACUUCUUAACUGUUAAGGAUAUGUUUAUUCAGAUGUUGAUGACCAUACGGGGCUUAUCAUUAGACAAGGCAAUUGCUAUUCAGAAGCAUUUCCAUACCCCCAAGGGUUUAAUAGAGUUUUUCAAGUUUGAGCAUGCUGUAACUCGAGAUAGUGAGAAGAAGGACUUGAUAUACCAGGCUUUUAAAAAUCAAGUCAAUACAAAGAAAAUUGGACGACCAUUACUGGAGAGAAUAUUUCAAGUUUGGGGUAAGUAA